UGCAUUAGUUACGGGCAUUAGUUACCUAACGCACCUUUUCCAAUUCCAGUUUCUCCAAGCUUUUCUUUUUCCGCGCAGGAAGGGGGGGAUGCCUUUAUGGAGUUAAUAGCCGACAAUUUGUUCUUUUUUCCGUCUAGACUCUCGUGAGAUCUGCCAUGGGCUGGUGGGAUAGUCUAUGGGCGUCGAACUCGAGCGACGACCCGCUGCGAAAUCUCGACCCGAAGCUCCGCGAAUUCCUCGAGCGAGAAUCCCCCGUGAAAUACAGCACAGCGCAGCAACAGCAGCAACCCCGCGCGAAGGGGGAGCAAAUAACAGCAGCAGCAGCAGCAGCCCCGACGAUAAGCGAGGCGGAAGAACAGCAGAAGGGUGCACCGGUUGUUCCGAAGGAGAGCCAAUUCCAAGAUGGCCGGUAUGCGCAUUUGUGGAAGACGUAUAGGCCGUUAGCGGAGAUCGAGGCCGAGACUAAGAGCGAGCAUGAGAAGCUCAUGGAUGUGUUGGAAGCGUAUAAGGAGCGCAAGAACCAGAUCGGUAAAGCGGCGCUGGAGAAUUGCGCAUUGGAACAGGUCGACUGGAGGCAGUGCAUGUCGAAUCCGACGGUGACGGAGCGCAUGACUUUGUGUCGCGACCAGAUCAAGAAGUUCGAGAAGUGCUAUAUGACGCAGACCAGACUGCUAAAGGCUCUGGGCUAUCUAUCCACUCACGACCGCUCCGCCGAAGCCGAAGAAGAGAUCCAAAUGCACGCUGACACGCUAUACCAUCGGAUGCUGUCGCAAGAAGCCGAGAUCACGGCGGCGAGGGAAGAGGGUCGUCCAAUCCCCAAAUUCCCGCCGUUAAUACCGAGACUAGACCAGCAGAAACAAGCGCAGCAGCCGGCGGAGGAAGAGUUAUUAACGCCGGAGCAGCAGGAGAUUCUCAAGGCGCGGUUAAAGAAAGUGCCCGAGGAGGAUCGGCCCGCGGAAGAAGAGGCCGUCCGGGCGGAGUUCCGCGCAAAGGCACAAGUCGCAUCGCAGGUGCAGGAGUUAUGGAAGAAGCAGGAGCAAGAUAGGUUGGCGCGAAAGGCAAGGGGCGAGGAGACGUUGUGGGAUAAGGUUACCGGAGCUUUCCGUACAGAUAACGGGAAAUGAAAAUUAUAUCUAUAUCUAUAUACCUAUACCUAUCUAACCUAACCUAACCUUACGCAUGCGGACGAUAUGAACCUUUACGAUGGUGGAUGCGCUGGGGGUGUUGAAUGUAUAUAUCACGCAGGUCUCUCUCACCUACAGUCUACAGUUUAGGGAGAUGUGAUUGUAUCUACCAUACCUGUUGUAAUGACCACUCAUAUUUAUAUAGACUCAAUUGGAGAUACAGCAAUUCCAAAUAAAA